CAGUUGUCCUCUUACCAACUACAUGUGAAGUUGGUCAAGGCCUUGAUGAAUUAAUUCUCAAAAAAAAUAUACUCGAUUUCUUAUUUAUUACUAUAUUUCUCUAUAAAGGAAAUUUUAGUUGAAGCAGACAUAUAAGUCCAUGCUGGAUGUGAAGAUUAGAUUGUUUAAUAGUGCACGACCAUAAUCCCAAAACUUAAUGGCCUAAAUUUUUUACAUUACCUUUGUAAAACAAAGUCCUUUUCGUUUUUGUUCUUGUCAUUUGCUCUCUCUUCCGAUUUUGGAUAAUCCUUCAACGACCAGUUUGCUUCGCUAGAGAGUAUUGUUUAGAUUGUUACUUUAUUCGUGUUAUAUACUUUGGGUUUAAUCGUUUUUACACUCCUUUUUUGUUGUUUGAAAAACUUUGUUAUAUUUAUUUCCUGUUUAUGAAUUAUGAGUUUCCUUCGAGACGUUUUCAAUGCUUUACGAAUGUAUUUGCCAUCCAAAAUUACUUCAACUUCAUGGUUAAUAGUUCUUUUGGUUCAUGUUUUUUUCUGGGUACUGGCAUAUUGUUUUAAAUGGCCUUUCACUAGAUUUGGAUUUGGUUCCAUAUAUGGCUUGAGACAUACUUUUGCGAAUGGUCAAAGAGUGUCUAUAUCAUAUAUUGGUAUACGAAUUCGUCGUCCUUCAACUUCGAAUCCCCACUUUAUAAGUUUAGUUAUUAAAGGCUUAAACUACAAUCUAGUUACCGGUAAUGAUGAUCGAACGGUAGUGCGUGAGUCGAAAUCUUCAACGGCCUCGGGUAGUAAUUCUACACGAUCUAGGAACCUUUCUUCUGUUCUUGGGGAAUUAGAACAAAAAUGGCUUCGAUUUUUAAAUACUAGGUGGAUCAAAUGGAUUCAUGUAUCCCUACAAGACGCACAAAUAAAUAUACCCUCUGUUGGUACUCUAGAGAUAGGAAAUUUAUCUACAGAAGUACUAUCUAGCCGGAAUACGUUGGGAAUAGAAAAUAGUAUGAGCAAAGAUAUGAAAGGAUCUUGUGUUGAUUUUUCCUUGCGGAUUCUGAAUCUGCUUUAUAUUGAUUGUGAAGGUAAAAAUCGGCAAAUCACUGAUUUCUUAGACAUCAACAUAACUAGUCAAUUUUCGACUAAUGAAUACUCUACUCCCGCUAGCCUUACCAAAUUUCGUUGCUCUGUAAAAUUUGGAAUCUUAUGCAUUGAUUUGGAUGGUCCUUUAUUUGGUUUCUUGAAACAAGAGCAGUCAUCCAGUAGUGCAUUUAAAGAAGACUCUUCUACCUUGGUUAAGGAUAGUUUCGAAGCGUUCAUAGUGAAACUCUCAGAAAUUCAAAUCCAGAUUGGGUCUCUUAAACUGUGGAAACGGAACAUGACAGGUCUUGGAGCUACAUACGUUUUCAAUGGAAGUGACUUGGGCUGUACACUUAAUUUAUUAAACAUGAAAAGUCCUUCCCAUCGAAUGUUUUUUUCCGCGGAAACAAUUGUUCAUCAGAUAUUAGCCUCAAUAUUGUCCUUUAAUAUUGAAAAUUAUACUCCGGGUCAUCCUCCCCAUUAUCUGCUUAACAUUCCCUUAGUUACUGUUACUUGCUUGACGUCCACAUUGGGACAGUACGCGAUCUAUCCAAAUACGCCGGAAAAGUUACGGGAGAGUAGCUUACGCAUAAAUAGUACGCUAACUUCUCCAUCUCUUGAUAUUCGGCUGGAACUAUUACACGAUGUUAUGUCUCUGUUUCAGAAAAAGGAAGCUACUCCCACUUUAGAGCGUUCAAAAACACCCUAUUUAUAUUUUCCUGAAACAAAAGUAUCCAUGUCUCUGUAUGAGCCGGUGGUACGAUUUAUGAUAUCUUCCGAGUCAGAAUCUCAUUUUCCAGGCAUGAUCGUUGCGAAUUUGUCUUCAAUGUUUUUAGAAUUCAAGUACCUAAUUUCUUUGGAACACGUAUUCGCAAUAUACUCUUCUCUUCGACUUGCUUCGAACCAUGUUCUUUAUCAUAGUCCGGAAAAUAGGAAAUGGCUCAUAAACAGUUCUGAAAUGAUAACCUUGUCCUUCAACUAUUUUUAUAAUAAUAACUUUGGUAAUGUGGAUUUAUUCCUGGAUGAGUUCAAAAUACGAAUUGAGGAAGAGGAAGUGGUUAAAUCUUUAAAGAAAUUCUUAAUUCUUUGGAGAUCGCAAAAGCCUCGCAAAGAUAUUAAUGAAUCAGUUGAUGGGUCUGAUAUGUCGGUGCCCUUGCUUUUCAAAAUUCCAAGUUGGUUGAAAAGCCUUAGAAUACGGGGUAGCUCAAUAUUUUUUAUUGUUAAAGCAAUUCGUCGUGAAAUAUCGGAUGAUCCUCGAGGUAUAAAUUGUCAUGUUGACCAGUUUGAUGGAUCGUUCGAACCAAGCAAUCCUGUUGGCGCUCGCAGGUUCAAUAUCGUUAUAGGGAUGUUUCAAAUAAAAUCAAUGAUUUACGCGGAUGAACAAACAGCAUUUGAGCAUUUACUACUUAAAGUUCCGAAGUCGAGCUUUACGUACUCCACGUUGUUCAAUGAUCAAACGAGGUCAUCCCGAUUGACUAUGGAAAUUGGUGUCCUUCGUGGAUAUUUGUCAUUGUUACACAAUUGCUGUCUUCUUUACGCAUACAAAGCUACUCGGUUUAUAUUCAGUGAUGAGAAUUCACGAAAUACAAAAGAAAAACCUGUUAGUCGUAAAAAGUCAAGCCUUGAUGGCUUAACUUUUGAUUUAAGAAUAACCAACACUCGUCUUAAAUUUGACUUGGAUGACGAUAUCAACCUUUUGCUUGACCUUGGUAGAUUGACCGUCUUAAAACGCGAAGAUAUGAUUCUACCAGAGUUAUUUGCUAAGUUCAUGCAAAUACACACUCGUAAUCCCGACGUCCCUGAGCUGUGGGAUAAGAUGUUUGCUCUUGGCGAUUUUCAUUAUCGCAUUGCCGGAUUUGAAAGCCCAAGGAAGUUACACUUAGUUACUUGUGACUAUAUCUCUCUUCGUAUUCCACACAAAUUUGUUCCUUUUCUAGUGAUUGAAAGCGCCAUUAAUACGGUAAAAGCAGCAAUACGUGUUUCUAGUAAGCCCAUUACUAUUGACGAACAACACGAACUAGCUCAGCAAGGCAAAAGACCUCGUGUAGUUCCCCAUGUGAAUGUCAAGUCAACGAAUUUUAAGUUUGAGCUUGAUGAUGAUCCUUUUGAAACACGUUUGUCCAUGAUUUAUCGGAUCGGUUUGACUGAGCAGAAAAUGCGCAUGGACCGUUGGAGUGCUUUUGAAGAAAGGUUACGAUUACUUCGUACUGCUAAAUAUUCUGAAUCUGAUAGUACAAGUGGAUCAUCAUAUGAUACCACUAGGUUAUUUAGUAAUGGUGCUUCUGCAGAUAUCGAUGGAGGAGUUAUGGAUAAGCGACUUCAUGAAUUGGGAAAAACCUUCCAAGAUAUUUUAGGCAAUGAAGAUACUGAUACUGCUUCAUUCUUGGAAAAAGUCAAGGUUAACGAAGAAGAAGCUUGCCAGUUAUUACAAGAAUACGAUUCUUUGUCAUGGAUCUCAAAUAUUAGGCGGAUAAGAGAAUUUAGAUAUAAUCGUUUACAUGUGCGAAGAAUGAUAGAUUGGCCAGAUGAGGAUUCACUCGAGAAGAGCAUACAUUUGGAUGAGAAGUUAAUCCCUGUACCGGUAAGACCGCCACUUGCUGAUAUCUCUUUUAACGGUUUUGAUUUUACUUUGGACAAGCCCACAUUUCCACUUGAAGAUCUCCCCAAGUUUCUCAAUAAAGUCGGAAGUGGCCAACCUUUGGAUUAUGGAUACUCAAUUUAUUUUCCAAUGUAUAUUGAUUGGAAGAUGCGUAGAGCCAACUUUCGAGUAAGAGACUAUCCAUUGCCUUUGGUAUAUAUUCCAAGAUUAGGCCAGAACCAAAAUAAAGACUUAACCUCUUGGCAUUUUAAGAGUAAUUUUGUUAUCACUGAGCAGCUGGCCUCGCUUGAAGCAAUCCGCGAUGUUACAGUACCCGUAAUUUCUGCAAAGGAGUCUUGUUCGGGUUUACCGUAUGCGGUGAAUGUUACACGUACGGUUUCACCCAUAAAAACGUUUUCUGAUUCUCAUAUUGAUAUCAAUACCUCACUUCCAGUAUUUGUGUUAUGGGGAACAUCCUAUCAGCCUGCCAUUACAGAUAUCAUACGUAUUAUAGAUACGUUCACAAAAAUACCGAUUGAUACGUCGGAUCGUUUAGGUUUUUGGGACAAAUUAAGACUGGUUGCUCAUUCACGGUUGCGUUUCAGAUGGUUAGAGAAUGGGGACAUAUUUCUUUCCAUUAAAGGUUCUAGGGAUCCUUAUAUGAUUCUUGGUCCUGGUGCUGGUUUCCAGUUCUGUUGGAGUGGUAAUGUACAAUGGGAUAUUGCUUGUGAUGACAAUCCAGCAAAUUUUAUAGUUGUGGAUAGUGAUGAAUUUUACCUUACGAUACCCGACUUUCCUCGACAAAUAAAUGGAAUCCUUGAUGGGCAACCGUUACCGCCGAGGCAAUCUCAGCAUAAGCACAGACCUCAGAUUACUUUAAAAGACAUGCGAUGUCGUAAAAUAAUAGCCAAAUUGGUUGGUAAGGUGCGCUGGCGAGCAGGUUUUAUACCUGAAAGGCACUGUGAACCGGACUGUGAUGUAUGCGGCGGUCAAAUGCGAUGUCGCUUAUGGAGCUUUAAACCGCAUUGGGAAAUAAAAACUAUGAUUCCGAAAUAUUGCCAUGACAGCAAGUAUGGUACGUAUGAUGCUUAUCGAAGAUUCCGGAGUCAUUAUUUACAUUGUUCCCUUGCUGUAGAAUCUCCACGAUAUUUGGAUUUAGAAAACGCAUUUGAAGACGUGAGAACGUAUAACACAAUACACUUAACUCCUUUAGUGUUUUCGCAUUUUUCAUUAUGGUGGCAUUUGUUUUCAAACAAUAUGUCCUACCCCUUACGAAGAAAGCCUCUUUUUCCGAGUUUUGAUAGUGGUUCUGCCAAAAGAUUUGGUAGACAUUUGGCUACCUUGAAAUAUUCUAUAGAGUUAUCGCCACUUCUUAUAAGCCAUAUGUAUAACUUCAAAACUAGCAAAAAUUGGCAGGAUAAGACGGCGAGUGCCACAGGGCUGAAAGCCAAAGUAGAGCAUUUCUCGGUUGAUUUACAUCAGCGUUCAGAAAAGCAUGAAAUGAAAAAUAAAGCUUUUGGAGAAACUCAAGAAACUACUUCUAUGCGCGUUCAUCUUGCGGAGAUUGAUUUUAAGACAAUUGACUUAAGAGCUAUUACUGCCUCCUUUGAUGAAGGUGCCUUAGAAACUUCCAAAUCUAUACCUGUGAAUGCUCUUGAUGGUAAAGAUAAAGAAUCUUUUUCUUUCAGGACAGUUGAAGGUCCAUCUGCUUGGGUUGAUAUUGAUGACUUUCAUGAGGCAGAUUGGUUACUGCCUCAACGAAAUGAAAAGUGCGCUAUAUAUCCUCUGGCUUUUUCCCCGAGAUUCACUUAUUAUCGCCAUACAAAACCACACAUGAAGAAUGAGAAAAAUGAAAAGAAAAUAGUAGCUGAUACUUGUCGUUUUGGGGAUGAAAAAACACACCGUUGUAUGAUGCCUGGUCACAAAGAUCCUAAAAGUGUUCAAUGCGAGCUUCUUAAAAAGCGCAGGGAUGAACUGCAGCAGCACAUGAACUCAGAGAAUGAAAGAAUCCAGACAUUAGAAGAACUCACUCGUACUCAAUCCUCCUCGGAUUUGAAAGAGGAAUUUCAAUCCUUAAAGAAAAGAGUACUUACUUUGAAUGAUCAUUACCGGUUGUUAGGGUUUUUGUUGGAAAAUAUUAAAAAUAAUUCAAAGUCCCACGUUACAUCUGGCCAGGUUGACUUGUCAUAUGCAACCUUAUCUGAAAGUGUCCAUGCUUUUAAUAAUCGAUUCGUUGCUCAUAACGUUCAGAUUAAGUGGAAUAAUUUUGUCAGAAAUGCCGUCCUAUCCUAUGUUCACGAGAUGGAAAGGGUAAGAGGAUUCGCUUAUUACAUGUCUCAAAAAGCAAUACGUUUCCUGCAGGACCUUCAGAAAGCGCCGGAAAUAUCAGGUGAUGAUUAUCUUGGGGAUGGUUCUGAUAACAAUGAAGAAAAAGAAAACGCCAGAAACCUCCUAAAAUUCUUACUGGAGGAUCUGAAAACGAAGUUCGUUGUGAAAACCGAUGAUCUUGCAGGAAAAAGUUUUCCUUACGAUAACAACACAGAAGGAGGGUCUAAUACUCAUUACGAUAUAAUACAAAGUUAUGUCUUCAGGUUUAUAGCUCCACAGAUUCAAUUACAGUGCAACAUGAACCCCAGGAAGGCUGUAAUUAUUUCUAUCCAAAGUCUUCAGAUUAAGAUAUUGAGUAUCAUUGAUCCCGCUUUUCCUGUUAAUGAUAUAAACUACCUUGUGGAAAGAAGAUUUUUAUGCAAAGUUAAUGAGUCCCAAUUCUUUAUUGCUGAUGCGAACGAUUUUAGAGUAUCGGAUUCAGCUACGCUAGUGUUGAAUAAAUAUGGUUGUGAAAGCAACUCUGUUUGGCCUCCUUGGGUCCCUUUAGAGACUACUUUCGACUUUGUACUGACUCCAGCGGCAUUUUCAAGGUUUUUACAUCGAGUUUCUUUUUCGGUUGUUUAUACAAAGCAUAACGAUUUAAGACUUAAGGAAACUGUGCGUUCAAGGAGGGAAUUUUUUGAGGACUUGGAUAUUCAUACAGAUACUUUGACUUUUGAUGUCCCACGUGUAGUAUUCUCGACUGACUCGUCCCAAUAUUAUGACUUGUUCACAAUAAUUACUAAUUUGUUGGUUUAUAAAGAGCCAUCUCAAAAACAAAGAAGUCAACGUUUGGAAGAAAUAAUGUUAGCUGCCGACUUUAGUGAUCUAACCGGUACUCCUGAGAUGGUUGCUAUGUUACAAAACAGGGUACACCAUUUGGAGGAAGUGAAACUACAACAUCAAUUAUAUGAUGUAACCUUUAAUAUCCAUGCUCAUAUUGCUCAACAGCUAUUUUUGCAGAACGAGUUGCAUCGCUGCGGGGAGGAAUUAUUUUAUUUAAUUGAAUCUAUCGCAAGUGUACAAAGCCGUGGAAAGAACCAGAAUAAAACUAGAUGUAAUCUCAGUUGGUUUAUAAUGGCUAACGAAGUUGUUUGGCAUUUACUUGAGGAUAACAAAAGACCGUUUUUGGACGUAAGUUUACAGAAUGCCACGUUCAGGCGUAUUGAAAACACCGACUCAUCCAAUACAAAUACUCUGGAAAUUGAGUCCAUGAAAGGCUCAAAUUUAGCACCGGGUUGCCAAUUUGAAAAUAUUAUUUGCCCGUAUUUUAACAGUGAAUUUUCGAAUGAACAGCUGUUACAACAGAAAUUUAUUCGGAUCCAUUGGGAAUUAACGGAGGCUGUUGCAGGUAUUCAGGUGGUUCAACAUUUUGAAAUAAACUUGUUUCCGUUAAGCUUGCAAAUCGAGCAUGAGUUAGCAAGCAAACUAUUUGAUUUUGCAUUUCCUGGAAAUGAGAACAAAGGGAACUUAUUUAGUAUGUAUUCCAAUCGUACUGAAGAUUCAAAUACAACAAAUAAAGUUGUGGCUGAAAUUACCCCCGGUCAUCCUUCUGGAAAUGAAGAUACUGCGAAAAAUGACUCUUCGCAAGAACUAGGAUUAGAAAAAUAUUUGGAUUUGGAAGGAAGAAGUGAGUUGCAUGAAAUGUUGAAUCGCGCUGGAAAUAAUAUGUUGAUAGCUUACUUCAAAAUACCAAGCGUCAUGUUACGAUUGAGUUACCGUGGUACGAGUUCUCUAGGUUUAGAAAACAUCACCGGUUUUGUUUUCUCAGUUCCUACUAUAGAAUACCGGAAUGAGGUUUGCUCAUAUCUAGAUUUGGCUGUUUGGAUCAAACGUGAUUUGAUACGCUCCGUACUUUCGCAUUCUGGUAAACUUUUGGUGGACAAAAUGAGGGGCAGUCAUAACAUUAAAGCGCAUGAACGAGAAAUGUCUGCAGAGUUAUUGAAUCUCCAGCAGUUAUCGGCUGAGCAUCAUCAUCCCGUGAACUUAGAAGGGCUGGCAAUGAAUGCUCGAUUGACGAGUCUUCAAGAACCUACAAUUAUGGACAACUUGGAAGAGAAUCGGUCAGUUGUUUCGGCUGCCAGUAGAAGGAUCGGCAGUACUAGGUCAUCUGAAUCCCAGAGCCGUUUUUGGGAAUAUCAUGGUUCACGAAGCAAAAAAUUGGCUGGUAUUAUCAAACGGCAUAUUCCACAUGCUAAAAAAAGUGCAAAGUCUCGCAUGAAGAGUUCUGAAGGCAAUGAAAGAAGUUCUAUGUCUGGUGGUGUUGACUCUGCAGGUGAGGCACGAUAUGAAACUGUCAAACGAGAAUUAGUUCUUGGUAAUCAUGAAAAUGUUUCGUAAGUAAGCAAGCUUUCUGUCGAAAAGCAAAAUAUUCAUUGAUUAUAAGAAUAAGAGUUAAGACUAAGGUAUACAUUUGGCUGACCGAGAUCAAAAACUAAAAAUUUGUAUUAGCAUCACUGUCAAGUUGGCGUGUUUUUUGACAGAUAUAUUUAUUAAGCUGGUAAUACGAAACAUUAAUGAGGAUAAUUAUAUUAUAAAUGAAAUUGGACAUUAGUUAGGAAUGUUUACUAUUUCAAUAGGUAAUGUUUUUUUUCAUUAUCCGGAAAAGCAUGAGAAAUUAUGAGAAACUAACCAUAAAUCGGCAGCGAACUUAUAUUGUAGUCGACUUGAUAUUGAAGAAGCUGAUAGAAAAGAAGACAUCCGGAAUUGAAAAAUAUUUUUACUAAAGACAAAUAAAUAUACUCUGCCAUGUUAGUUGUUCA